CCUCCGCCCUCGGAGCCCCGGCCGCAGAGCCGGCCGGUGAGCUUUGCGCCUGGCCAGGUCUCAACGUGCGCACGUGCUCGGCGUCCCGGGCUGCUGCGGAGGCGGAGGUGAGCGCGCGGAGCGGGCCGGGCUGACGUGCGGCUGCGGGCGGGCUCCCUCGGAGGUUUACAGAGGUGGCAGCCCUCAUGGCAGGUCCCCUGUGGCGGGCCACAGCCUUUGUGCAGAGACACAGGACGGCCCUGUUGGUGGGUUCCUGUGCAGGCCUGUUUGGGGCUCAGAUCUCGUACCACCUCUUCCCGGAUCCUGUGGUCCCGUGGCUGUACCAGUACUGGCCUCAGGGCCAGCCAGCCUCCCUGUCCCCAGAGCUGCAGAGCCUGUUCGAGGAGGUGCAGCAGGAUAUUGGGGUCCCCUCGGGCCACCGCUUCGAGGCCUUCACCACCUUCACCUUCCAGCCUGUGAGCGCCGGCUUCCCGAGACUCCCUGCCGGGGCCGUGGUGGGCAUCCCCGCCAGCUUCCUGGGUGACCCAGUGACCAACACUGACCGGCCCGUUGUCGUCCACGGGCAGCGAGUGGACUGGCAGAGCCCAGCGGGCGCCCGGCUGAGAGAUGCCCUGACUCUGUCCCACGACGCCCAGAAGUUCGCCUUGGCCAGGGAGGUGGUGCACCUGGAGAGCGGGGCGGCCGCCCUGCAGGCCCUGCCAGCCCCCGCCUGCCUGGUGGGCACCUGGGCACUGGGCGUGGGGGCCAAGCACGCCCUGGGGCUCUACGGAGGCCCCAUGAACUUGCGGGCCGCCUUCAACUUGGUGGCGGCAGUGGCGGGCUUCGUGGCCUAUGCCUUGUCCACGGACUCUCUCACUCACGCCCUGGAAGCCUGGCUGGACCGCCGCACGGCCUCGCUGUCCGCAGCCUAUGCCCGGGGCGGGGUGGAGUUCUACGAGAAGGUUCUGUCGGGCAACCUGGCCCUGCGCGGCCUCCUGGGCCGGCCCGGGGAGAAGCUGUACACGCCCAGCGGGAACGUGGUUCCCAGACACUGGUUCCGCAUCAAGCACCUGCCCUACACGGCCCGCCGGGACUCGGUGCUGCAGGUGUGGAGGGCGGCGCUCAGCCCCCGCAGCCCCUGAGGGCCUCGUGGCAGGGGCGGUUCCAGCUGGAGCAGGUGGUCACAAAGCACCGAGCUGAUCUCCCUGUGCUGUGCCGCUGCUUCCUGC